GCCGCGUUUCCGGGGGACGGCGGUGCGCCGCCAUUUCCCGUCCCCACGCGAAGAUGGCGGUGCCCGGCGCGUUGCUGGGCUGGUGCGUGCGGCGCCUGCGCGGCGACUUCGGGCUGGACGUGGGCGAGGAGGUCGUGCGCUACAUCCUGUCGAUAACAAACGAGGAUGAGAUCCGUGAGUACGUGGUUGAUCUCCUCCAAGGCACCGAGGGGAAGAAGGGGAGGUUUGUGGAAGAGCUGCUGUCGCGCUGGCAGCAGUCCUCGCAGUCACCUGCUGAGCCCUUACCGGCCUAUCGGAAAAAGGAUGAGACGUCAGAGGCACCUCGGGCUGGAGACCAAGCAAAGAAGGGGAAACGGAAAGGAAGGAAUAAACAGGAAACACCUGCAUUCGUGGAGCCCAGCACACAUGUGGAGGAAGUAAAAACCCCCCUCGACCUGGCCAAGGCGCAGGAGAACAGCACUGCAAGCAGCAGCAAUUCCUGUAAGAGAAAGACCAAAUAUGUCAGCCUGUACACCAAAGAAGGGCAAGACAAGCUGGCUGUCCUGAUCCCUGGCCGUCACGCCUGCGAGUGCCUGGGCCAGAAACACAGGCUCAUCAACAACUGCUUGGUCUGCGGGCGCAUUGUGUGUGAGCAGGAAGGCUCUGGACCCUGCUUGUUUUGUGGUUCACUGGUGUGCACUAAGGAAGAGCAGGACAUUCUUCAGCGGGACUCAAACAAGAGCCAGAAGCUGCUGAAGAAGCUCAUGGCAGGUGCUGAAAGUUCAGGGAAUUUGGAUGCCGUAAGCAAAGACCUACUGCCUCGGCAAGAAGCUAGACUGAAAGCAGGCCUGGAGAUGGCCGUGAGACACAAAGACAAGUUGCUGGAGUUUGACAGGACCAGCGUGCGUCGCACCCAGGUCAUUGACGACGAGUCGGAUUAUUUUGCGACGGACUCCAACCAGUGGCUCUCCAAGCAAGAGAGGGAGGCCCUACAGAAGAGAGAGCAGGAGCUGCAGGAGCUGCGCCAUGCCUCCCGCCUUGCCAAAAAAGUCACCAUCGACUUUGCUGGAAGGCAGAUCCUGGAGGAGGACAGCGGGAUGGCUGAGUACCACAGCAAACUGGAUGAAACUAUUGAAGCCAUUAAUUGUGGCACACUGAACAAGCCAGCUGCCAACCCAGAAGCAAAGAUAACUCCGGGUUCUGGUGUGUUAGUGAAUCCCCAUCUUCUUCAGCCUGCUCCUUUGUGGGUGGACCAAACUGGCUUGCUCCCACACAGGGGAGCCACCCCUUCCAUGGGUGCUGGAGAGGAGCUUGGCUCAGAGCGGAACAGACUGCGGAUUCAGGACCGGGAGUUACAGGAGAUCUCAGAUGAUGGUUGGUGCCUCAGCAUGCACCAGCCUUGGGCUUCCUUGCUCGUAAGAGGAAUCAAAAGGGUGGAGGGCAGGACCUGGUACACAUCUCAUAGAGGGCGGCUGUGGAUUGCAGCUACUGCCAAAAGACCUUCUCCUCAGGAGAUCUCUGAACUGGAGACCACCUAUAGAAUGCUGCUUCACAAAGAUGUGGCAUUCCCAAAUGAUUAUCCCUCAGGGUGCCUCCUGGGCUGUGUGGACGUAACUGAUUGUUUAUCACAAGAGCAAUUAAAUGAGCAGGUGAUCGCUUGGUGUCCUAAAUCUGCACGAGGGAAUGUGUCUAAGCUAUUUCUGUGCCACGAGAUUGCAGCUAUCAUUUAAAUAGGUUUCUUUUUUCCCCCUCAGGAAAUUUACGUUUAAUCUCUUGUCCUCCUCUUUCCUCCCCAGUGGAAAUAACAGCCAAAAAAAAAAAAGAGAAUUGGGCACUAAGCAUACAAGACGUGAUUUAAUUUAUCCUGUAGGAAUGAAGGAGGGAGGUAGAAAAUUUGCGUUUAAAAUCCAGAGAGCCUUUUCAGGUUAUCUGCAAGGAAAGGAACAAUAACACGCAAGUGGUAUUUUCCCAAGAAAUAACAUAAUGAGAGGGAGGAACAUAAACACAUACGUUGAAAUGUACUUUGAAGAACAUUAUGAACAUACAGACAUUUAAGUAUGACUCUCCAUGAGGACCUCCAUAAAGGUUUCCUAGCACAAGCUGCAGGUGAGGCAAAAGCUCUUUUUUGCAGUGGCGUAGCUGUCUGGUGCACGUAGCCAGGAGACUCCUCUGCUCACUCCCACCAAAGAGAUGCUUCUGGUUCCCAAGGCUUGGUUAUCACACCUCUACAGAUGAAUGAAUUUAGCAAGGUUUUGGGUUUUGGGGACUAGAUCAGGUUAGUGCAAAAGGAAAGAUGUCUAGGUGGCUGUUAGUGACUGCAACCAACAGGAAGGCCUUUGAACUUUACAGGUCUCUGAGUUCUCCUAAGCUGAAUUUUUAUUCACACGGAGCCUGACGCAAGAUCCAAUGGCCUGAGGUGUUAGUCUGGUCUGCAGGGACCUACAGGUGAUGCGUGUCUUUAUUCAGUUCCUCGCUGUACUUCCUCUAGACACAAAGCACCUCUGGUUCUUGGUUGUAGAAGCAGAGUAGGCACGCAGCUGGUUUGGAUUAUCGACGGUCAGAGAUGGGGGAGUUUUUCUGUAUGUGAAGUGCUUUGGUUUUCAUCAGAAGCUGUUCUAAUGCUCCAGCUGCCUUGCAUAAGCCAGCAGGUUUACCGAGGCCACUGCUCAAUGUUAAGAUGAAGGAGAGAUUGUCACUUGAUGAUGAUUAAUUUAGGAAUGCAUUAACAUGCCAAAGAAAUCGAAUGAUAGAGGCUAGCUUGCCCUGUCUUCUGGUUUCAUAGACCCUAGGGAAAAAACGAAGCCAAGGCUGAAGUAUAUGACUUAAUUAAUGAUGACUGUGGACUUAGCCUCUGCUACCAUUUCAACAAACUAGUCAGCGAUCUGGGAAUUUGUUUCUUUCCGAUGCGGUCACUGUUAUUUGCCUUCUUCUUGGCGCUUGGGUUUUAUUAAUCCUGAAACUGAGGGUUAGGUAACACCGACCUCAAGCCAGGUGCCCUGGUUUCCCAGCUGUGGCUCAGCUGGGUUGAGCCAUGGCCAUGCCUUUAGGUGGUGAUCCUAAACAGUAGGGGCACCGGCAGCUACAGAAUGCAGCUGAGGGCCCAAAGACUUGACUUGCUUCAGCUUUCAGCGGCACGGCAUCGAUUUCACAGCCCCGAACAGGCCGGCCACUCAGCUGCAAAUCCUGGCUUUGAGAAAUAGCCUGAUGCCUCAGUGACCAGAUCAAUAGCGCCAGCAGCCCGCAGGCUGUGUCGUGCCUCUCGGGGAGCAGCAGCGAGGGUCACAGCAGGGACUGUUGGCUGCUGGAAGAAAGCAGGGCAGGGAUGUGGGUAUCUGAUCUGCAGCGAGCUGCAUUCACCAAAGUUAGGUUUAAUCUUCCUCAUGUGCUGAGCUCAGCUGCACCAGUCUUUAAAUCAGAGUUUCAAAGGAAAAAGCAAGGACUUUAUGGAGCUGAUUGAAAAUGCCUGGCUGCAUCUAGCAGGGUGCAGGUGCUCUGAGCAGAAGCAGGUGCCCUGUUUUCUCCUCAUCCCCUCGUUGCCUCUCUCCUCCCCACUGCCGUGCUUCCUCCUGGCAGCUCAAGCAGUGGGGCUGCAUUGCAGCUGAGGUUAGCCCUGCCUCCAUGCUCCCUUGGCACUGGAGUAUGAGAUGGUUCUUUCAGUUGAGCCUUUUACACUACUGAGUAUUUUUCCAAGUCCACCCGGUUUCCCCUGAUGCUUGUCAGGCAUUCUGUAAACAUCUCAGGUCCUUCUCGUGCUGCUUGUAGGUUUACCAGGGGUGGGAUCUGAGCCACAGAAGGGUGUUGGUGGCUGUGGGUCCUGUGUCACAGGCUGGUUUUGGGAGAGAAGAGGGGACGUGACGUGCCCUGCCUCCACUGCCAUGGUUCAGUGAUUCAAAAUCAAGUGCACCAGAAUGAACUUAAGUAUUACACCUACAUUUCAAAGUCCUGUUGUUGCUUACUACGUUUAAUUGCUUCCCCUGCCCCUUGAGUCAAAGUACAGCUCGUGGUGUAGAACCACAGCUUGAGGCACGGAACGCCCAUGGAGGACUCAGACCGUCCAGGGAAGAUCCCGUGGUGAUACCAGCCCGCUGCCUGUGUGUCUGGUUGCCUGCUGGCCAAGCAAGUGAGGGGCAGAACAGGCAACAACUGGCAGGCAUGAUUGUGGGAAGAAGGGGAAAGGAAGGCAGGCUGGCUAGCAAAAAUUCCUUGUGCAUUCUCAUAGAAGGAGCCAAUGCCAGCACAUUAUCUGCCAGCAGCAGAUGUAAGCUCUCAAAAACAGCAGGGAGGAUGUUGACUGCAACAAUGCAUCAAGGCUGCGGUUUGUAACCUCAAUAGUAAGGCAGUUAACUUUUUUUUUUAACAAAGACAUUUUGAUUGCCAAAUCCAUAACCAUUAGCAGCUGUGGUUUUGAGCUGUUCCUUCCUCACACGUUGCAGUCUAGACCUGACAGGCUUUCAAACAAAAGUUUGGCUGAUGGCUUUUGUUUUUGUUUUUUGCCAAACUGCUUUUUUUCUUUUGCCUCUUGUGUCGAUUCGCAUUGAGCGUGGCUGCGGAUCUCUUUUCUAAGCCAGCCUUCCUGGAGCGGCUCCUCUGUGCCGACGACGUGGUGGUCUUUGACUGAGGGCUGCAAGUAGAGUUUCUUGGUUGCCUGUUCACUGCAGCACUGGAUGUUUCUGCCUCAGGCUAGAAAAUUUGGCAUUUCUAGAACUUUGGAUCUGCUUUGGGAUUUCUGUUUAGGAAAAUGUUUGUCAUGAGCCAGAAGCCUGUUUGGCCUGUGCUGAGGGGCAGGGAAUGGGUCCUUAAAAGAAGGCUAAACACUUGCUCAGAGUUGGAAGCAUGAUGUGAGACCAUGUCGGGAGGGAGAUCAAGACUCAGUGUGAAGCACUUGGUGUUCUGUGAGCACUUUGUGAGGCCAGCAGCCAAGAAGAGAUCACACAGCAGCCCAAACCUGCGUUGCCUGGCUCAGGCGAUUGCUCCCGUUGCCAGUCGGUGCCGUCUUUGCUGUGCAAACGUGCCCUGGAGCACUUCAGAAGGAAGGCUGGGCUGGGAAGAUUGGCUUGAUAAUCCCCAAAAGCAAAUGUCCAUGUAACGAGGCAGUGGAGACUACUGCUGUCAGAACAACAGAUGGGGAAAAGAUGCUUCAGCAUGCCCGUCCUUGGAAAAGCAGUGAGGAAGGAAGGGCACUGCUUGGGCACGGAGGCUGUCUGACUGAAGCCUCACCCUGCAUGCAGCGAGAAAGAAGGGAUUUUUCUUCUUGCUGUUGACUAACUCCUACCUGCUGGACCAUCACAGAACCAUUAGCUGGUCCUUUUUGUCUGCAGUUGUACCUGAGCCUCUCUUUUGCAGGAGCAGGAGCCUGGGUUAUUGCCAGCGGUGUGCAGACUGCAUUCAGUGGCCUGGCAGUGGCACGGCCUGCUCUGCGUCUUCACCCUCAUUUUAGAGAGCUCCAUUUCUGCUGAAUCCCACGUGCACAUGGGACUGGUGUCUGCACUGCAAGUGCUGCCAUGGACGUCCCCAUUUGGCUGCUGCAGCCCCAUUGGUUGCCAGAAACUACUGACUUUCUUUUCUCUUUUUGCAAACCGCUAAAGAAACAUUUUCUAGCUGGAUGGUGAGCAAUUUCCCUCAGGAGAGGAGGAGAAAAUGGCUGUUUAGUAGUUAAUUACCUGUUAUGUUAGUCUGACAGCUAUGAAGCUUAUGAGGCAUGAAAGAAGAGCGGAUCUGCCUUUCCCACAAAUCACAAGGAAAACCGAAGGAAGUAAGUUGUGUGGAGGCCAGACACGCUCACGAGCCUCCCCACGCCUUCCCCUCUCCCAGGCGCGCUGUCCUGGGCAGCACUUCACCUCCUUUGCCUCCCGCUUCCCUUGCUUGCCUGCAGCCAGGCUGCUGCUCCCAGCUCUUGGAGCCUGGUGCAUGUUUCUGCCUGCUGGGGACGGCUGAUUUAUGGGCCUGCUUACAGCAGCCCCGCUCUUUCAGAGGGACACCAUCUCUGCCAAGACUUUUUUUUUUUUUCCUGAAUGUGUUUUACGGUGAGGAAUAACUGAGUGCUUUUGCCAACACAUGGGCUCUGCUUGCUUUUAUUCUUUCCAGACAGCUUUGCUUUCCAGAGCUGCCUCUUUUAUUUUGAAGCUCUUCGAGAGCAGCGGGGAGGUGAAGGCCGAGCUGCGAGCCGGUGUCCUGGUCCGGCGCUGGGCUCCGAGGAGGCACACUAGGAAAAUGAUCCGAGCCUUUCCAUCGCUGACCCCACACAACGCCUCCCCCCCCAGCACGACCUCCGCGCAGAGCUCUGGCCGGAUUCCCCGCCCCGAGGCCCCCGGCAGCCCUAAGAUGGAGCGGACGGCGGCCGCCCCGGCGGGACUACAGGUUCCAGCGUGCAAUUCUCUGCUGAAGCUGGGCUGCCUGCGGGGACGAGUGGAGGAGAGCGGGCUGCAUUGCAGGGCUCUGGGUUUCAGGCAGGCAGGGGAAAAAGGGAAAACAAACGCCGGGGCAAUUUCCACUCGGUAUUUUUAGCCUUCGAUCUCUUGUUUAUUUCCUCCAGCUUGUGUGUCUGGAGGCCUUAAUAAGACUGCAAGAGGAGCUUGAAAGGUCACCAGCAAAGCUGCUGGGGAAUGAUUUUGCUCAGUGCUUUGUGCCGCACAGAACCUGUGCUCCAUGGCACACGGCCUUUGUUCCUCCACUGGGUCCUCCAGAGCACAGCUCAUCUACUUAGCCACGGUUUUGCACGUUUUCCUUUGGUUGUUUCUGUACCCUUUGGUUCAAGCAGGUGCAUCUCGUUGCUGAAGGGUGAAGGGCUGGCCCAAGGGUAGCGCUGGUGGUUCCCAAGGAAACAGUGCCUGUCCCGCUUCGCUCAUUGUUUGCCGUGGGAGCCCCGGGAGGGACAGGAAUGAGGAGAAAGCAGGGAUAUCACCUGCAAGGAAAACCAGCCAGCAGUGCCUGAGCAAGCCUGCGUGGCCCCCGCAUCCAGCCCCAGGCUUUACCUCAAUUAAGGAAAAAAUAGUUCCCUUGGCAGAUUGAUGGGGGAAAAACACUGCAGAGGGUUUUCUUAAUGUCGGAGAGGAUGGGAUUGUUUCCGUGCUGACUCCGAGCUCCUGCUUCGCUCUUGGCUGUGGGCUGUGGAGCAGAGGCUCGGCAGGCCUGCUGCUAUUUUUGGCCGUGACAAGCUGGUGAUGGGAGAUGAGGGACGGUGAAAGCAAAGUGUAGGGAACAUUCAUUAGCAAUUAUCCCUGCCUGCAGCCUGACUGGGGUAACUGCUGGGGACAUCUGAUAGCCACUUAAUGUGUGUUCAAAGCACCAGCUCCAGAGAGAGGGCGGGUGCUGGCGAAUUGGUGGCUGGCCUUUGCAGGAGCCCGGCGCGGCUCCCUCUUCCAGCUUGUGCUCAGAUGCUCCAUUUAACCUCCAGCUCUCUGCGUUAAGCUGCCUGGAGACCUGCUUUUUUUCUUUUUUUUUUUUUUCUUCCCUUCUCCCUGCUAAUCUCUUCACAGCUAGGCUCUUACAAACCUGUUAGCAGCAAAUUGAAGCCUGGCCAGCGUGCUUGCAGGGACGAUGGGAGCUUACAUCUGCUUGUGGCUGGGCUGAGCGAGGAGGGGAGGGCGGUGGUUGCGCUGACGCAGCCAUGCGCAGAGCAUACGUGGGGUUUUGAAGCAGCAGUUGGCAAACUGCUUGCAGCCCACGGUGCCCACUGCCUUCCGAACAGCCAUCUUGCAAGCCUGGUAUGAGGUGGCAGAAGGGCUGGAAGGAGACCAAAUUGGUUUUUUUUCACUGCAGUUAUAUUGUGCAACCCCUUUCUUCAGAGCUUUCUGGCUCGUCUGUGGUCAUGGGAGUGGGUUUUUCCCUUCUCGAGGGACAGCCUGGCUUCCAGACUUAGAGCUCAUUCCAGCCACCUUCUCUUAAAUGCUGAAUCGAUUCCUAACAGAGGCAGCGCUAAAGCCCCAGAGUAGUAAGUCCCAUCUUAUUUAUACCCCCAAGAUUAGAACGAUGAGUGCAGUUGGAACUGGGAGGGAACAUUCCCCCAUCAGGCUCCCAGUUGGGUUGGAUUUUGGUCUCUGGCAUUGAAGAAGUGUGCUUUGCCCUCUAUCUUCACUGUGGAGAUUUAUUUAAAGAACGGAAAAAAAAAAAGAAAAAAAAAAAAGCUGUUGCAGGCCCUUUUUACCGGUCUCUCUGCUCUCUCUGGCACACUAGAUCUGGUCUUUGGCCCUUUCCUACACUCUUGCAUUUGCUGAAGUGCUGAAGGGCAGUGGUUGCAGUCUGUGGGGUAUAGUAGUUGGGAGCAAAUUUUUUCUCAGCAUCAUCAACUUAUUGAUUGUAGAGCGACUCGGCUGACCUCUUGCAAUCCAGAGCAGAAGCACUGACCCUUCUGUUGCUGGUCUAGAAAAGCUGCAGACAGUCGAUAAAAACAGUGGGAUGGAAAUGCCAUUGCCUUAGGGAAGCGUUUUAGGGAGACGUUAUUGUUUGAGGAGGAAAUUGGGUGGGAAGAAUUGCAUACAGCUGAACAGAAGGAGAACUUUCUCAGAGCGGCCAAGGAUCGUAAAUGUCAUUAAAAGCCUUCCAAAGUGCCAAUGGCACUUUGAGAAACGGGUUUUUUACUCAUUAGGCACUUGGGCAACUGUGGAAAAUUGAACAGAGACAAAUGUGCUUCACGUCUUGAUGCCUGUGUCUGCGAUCAGAACAUAAGUCAAGCAGGUCGCUGCUGAUAGGAGAGGCGUCUUUGGAGUGUGGCAGGUAGGAACCGGGCUCCUAGUGCUGUGCUAAGCUGCAGGAAUAGCUGUGCUGUUCUCCCUCAGUGCUUUUCCUCAAUCCUGUUGAUGUCCGGACAGCAGUGGCCGCAUGUUGUGUGCUGAUAUGUAGGUGGGGAUCUGCAGCUCUGUUACGUUGCUCAGCCCCAGCGUGGUGAUGGCACGCGAUGUUACGACAGGGUGCUGGUAAGGGAGCUAAGUAGCAACAGCAGCUGGGAAAUGCUAACUCCUCUGGUGAUCUCUGGGAAUGAAGUCUGCUGAGGUAGUUCAUAUCCACUGCCUACAAGUGCACCAGGGAGAGGCUGUGCGCUUGGUCCUGGUGAUGUGUCUUCUGGCAAAAGCUUAUUUGACUGUAGCAGCCAGGAAUAUUCUACCUUGUCGCUCACCAGGAUGGUGUGGGAGAAUUUGGGGGUGGGUACAAUAGAAAACCCAAAAUAGUGUCUUGGUGGGGGGCUCCUGCCUAGCAUUCUGGGCUGAGAUGCCAGAGGAGGGACUCAAGCUUUUAAAAUGCAGGGCACAGACACUGCUCAGAUUUGGCAAGUGUACAGAAAUGUACCCUGGGAGAGGAGAUGAAAGGCUGUGGUGUGGAAACGUAAGCCCAAGCCACAGCUGUGGCCUCCAUCUCGGCCUUGGGAUUGGGUUAAGCUUUUCGAGCUGAAGAUUUGAUCCUGGCUUUGGGUGAGAUCUGUCAGUGGAGAAACAAGCUCGGCUGCUCUUAAUGCCUGGAUGCCUGUUAGGGGAUAUUUCCCGUUGUGGGGGCCUGUGAGAUGUGUGAGAGGAGCACCGUGGUGUUCAGAUCCACCUAGGAGAGGUUUGUGAGGACCUCUGUGGUCUUGGACACACAACCUGAAUGAGCGGAGGCCAAACCACGUGUCAUAAACAGGGACACAUCACUUCUGUCACCAGGCGGUUAGGAUGGUGGCUUCGGCCCCGCAGCUCUAUGCUGUGGUCUUCAGGGGCUCCGCUAGUGCGAGAGCUGCUGGGGAAGUCCAGUGCCUGGCUGUGGAAAGCCAAGCAGUCACCCGUGCGAUAGCGAGAGCAAUAAAGCCUGGCCAGCACUUCGCACUCACCAGGCGUUGGCUUGGGAUAUUCGUACUGGGGCUUUGUAACCUUCCAAGAUCCUCCCUCCCUGCAGAUGGGAAAUGAAAAUCCUUGGCAUCAGCACAAAGCGGUAGAAGCAAGUCCAGUAACGUGGCUUAGGAGAAAAAAAAAUGAAAGGAAGAAAUUUGUCCAGCACCAGAUCAGUGCAGCAGGGCAUCCGCGGGCCUUGCAGAUGAGCGUGGCUCUUCCUCUCCCAGCACAGGUGUUGCACAGCGCAGAUAAGCGCACGUACAUCUCUCGCUCGGAAAACGUGGCCCGUGCUGUUGUAAAAUGAGGGGGCUGGAAACGCUUUCCAGUUGAUCCACUCCUGGUGUCAGGCUUCUGUAAAUCUCCCCUAACUGCCGACAGCGCUGCCAAACCCCGCUGCGAUGCAGGAAAAGUGGGUUGCUCCCUGCUCUGCUCUCCGUGCCCAGCUGUUCAGGACACAUCCAAACCCAUCUUGGCAGACCGGCAAGAGAGGGAGAGCUUUUCAAACAUUCCGCCUAGAAGUCAUUUGUUAGGAACAAAUGGGGGAUUUGCCAGGACACACUGCUCCAUCUGGUCUGGCAUCCUGUCCCAUGCAUACAGCAGCCUCUCUGGAUCUGCUUGAGGAAAGCAAGGGGGAAAAAAAAAAGGCAUUUUUCCCGCAGAAGAGAAACCGCUUCCGCUGUGAGCUUGAACAGGCUUUCCUGGGCUCGAGCUCCUGUGCUGCCCUGUUCCUCCACUCUGCACAUACCCGCCGGCACUAGGCCUGCAGCGAAGGAUCUGAAGGGACAGUUGCUAUUUACGCUUUUUUUUAUUAUAGUUCUGCAUUUCACUUUUGCACAGCAGUGAGGGUGAGCUGCAUCCAGGCAGCGUUUCCAUGUGCUUCCCACCCUGGGCAUUAUUUCUCUCCUUUUCACUGUGGUUAAUGAGAGAAGCACUCUGUUUACACUCUACCUGUAAAAUUCCCUGGUGCUUUCACCACAGUGAAAUCUCUCAGUAGACUUUGAGUUCCUGUCCCAGGGUGCCUGGCCCAGAGGAGCAGCCAACUACUUCAAGCCAUCAACCUCACUUGAUGCAAGCUGUGUAAGGGCACUUUACUGAGGCAGAGCUCUUUCUGUAAAACCCUGUUUUACACCUUUUCAGUAAUGGUUUGCCUGGAAGCGUUUCCUUUAGUGCUGCUCCUCACUGUAGAGAUCUUUUCACACCCACUGCAGUUUGUCUGACUGUUUUGUGCAU